UUAGGACCUAGCAUGGAUAUACCUCUCUGUAACUGUUCAUCUUUAUUUGCCGCUCUUAUUCCAUCUCUGUCAAAUGUUUUCAUUUUCCCAGAUUAACAACUGUUAGCAGUCCUGUUGGCUGUUAUAUGAAGGAAUAGAGGAUGCUAUUACUCAUCACAGUAACAAAGCCAUCUUUACACCAUAUGCAACCUUGUGCAAAUAAAAAGGAGCACACGAAGAGCCGUGGACACAUGAGGUGCAAACUACAAAGCAAGAAUAGAUAAUUUCCAAGAAGAACCUGGCCUUACCACAAUAUCUUCUUGACCCUUUAUUACUUCAAAUUUCCUUUUUUUGUUGUUGAGCUAAUUGAUUUAUUGCCUCAGUUCAUAGAAUCCACUUCACAGGAUCCUCACAGUGCCCCUCAGAGGGGCGAUGCCCGUCUUGCUAAAUGCCGACGCCUCUUUUAGCUCCAAACAGGAGCUCCUGGACCUGCAGGACUGUCCUCUCAGCAGAGGCCCCUCUUUGGACACCCCUAGUCCUGUGGAUUCCCAGACAGGCAGCCCCAUAGGCUCUGGUCUCAGAAACCCUGACAGUCCCAUUACUAAUGAGCCACUCAUUUUCACCGGGGCGUCGGCACUCCCUGGGCCAAUAUAUGGGGGGGAAACAAGACCUAAUGCAGAGAUUGGGCUAAAGUUAAUCUCUACUAACACAGAUCAGUUGUGUGGCUGGGGAGCUCUGACCCCCAAAAGCAUCCAAGUUUUCAACACUCCUCGGUGGGUGUUGUUCUUCCUUUGUGUGGCCUCUUUCCUCCAGGGGAUGAUAAUCAAUGGCUUCAUUAACACAGUGAUCACCUCAAUCGAGCGACGCUUUGAUCUGCGCAGCUACCAGGCUGGCCUCAUCGCCAGUUCCUAUGACAUUGCUGCAUGCGUCUGCCUGGCCUUUGUCAGUUACUUCGGCGGUACAGGUCACAAGCCCCGUUGGCUGGGAUGGGGAGUACUUAUCAUGGCACUGGGUUCUCUGAUGUUUGCCUUGCCUCACUUUACUACACCUCCCUACCAGGUCAGUUUACCCGAGCAAACAGGAAUGUGCUCUACUAACCGUACCAGCCCGUGUCAGAACAAAGAGGCAGGAGGACUGUCCAGCUAUCGCUUUGUGUUCAUGCUUGGCCAGUUUUUGCAUGGUAUGGGCGCUACGCCUCUCUACACAUUAGGGGUCACAUACCUGGAUGAGAAUGUCAACUCCAACUAUGCACCAGUUUAUAUAGGGAUCUUCUACACGGCAGCCAUUGUGGGUCCAGCAGCCGGUUACCUGCUGGGUGGUUACUUCCUCAACAUGUACACUGAGAUCCAUCUAACGCCUGAGAUGACGCCAGAGAACCCUCACUGGGUUGGGGCUUGGUGGAUUGGCUUUUUAGCAGGAGGAGCAGCCGCUCUGCUGGUGGCAUUUCCCAUCCUGGGCUACCCACGGCAACUACCAGGCUCUCAGGAGUAUGUGACCAUGCGUGUGUCUGAGGCCCACCAGCUUAAGGAUGGAAGCCACACCACUGCCUCAGACCCUCAGUUUGGCAAAUCAGUUAAAGACAUGCCAAGAUCUGUGCUGCUUCUCCUAAAAAAUCCCACCUUCCUGUUCCUGUGCUUGGCUGGGGCUACUGAGGCCACCCUCAUUGCUGGCAUGUCCACUUUUGGUCCAAAGUUCUUGGAAUCACAGUUCAGUCUCAGUGCAUCAGAGGCUGCCACAUGGUUUGGAUAUAUGGUGGUACCAGCAGGAGGUGGGGGCACCUUCUUGGGUGGCUACAUUGUAAAGAAGUUGAACCUGCGGUGUCGAGGUAUCAUCCGCUUCUGCAUGAUGUGUGCCAUGGUCAGUCUGCUCGCCAUCUUCAUCUUUGUCAUCCACUGCCCCAAUGUGCCCAUGGCUGGUGUCACAGUGCCUUACCAGUCUGGUCUGAAGACUAAACAGCAACUGGACCUGUACAAAAAUGUGUAUGACAGCCCAAGUAAACUGUACCUCAGAAACAGCUCUUCCUUAGAUGUGGGCUGUAAUGCAGGCUGUAGUUGUGUCAGAGAGCUCUACAACCCAGUGUGUGGGGCAGACGGUGUGAUGUAUUACUCCCCUUGCCAUGCUGGCUGCACCUCCAUUAACCACACCCAACUCUCAACGGGCAAACAGGUGUACUCUGGAUGUAGCUGUGUGGUGGGUAAUGUGUCAUGGGAUGAGGAAGGCUUCGCUCUGGCAGGGAAGUGUGGCAGCUCUUGCCAUCACAUGCCAGCCUUCCUCUCCUUGCUUUUCAUCAUUAUCAGCUUCACCUUCCUUUGUAGCAUCCCAGCACUCACUGCCACACUCAGGUGUGUACCUGACAGUCAGAGAUCCUUUGGACUUGGUAUCCAGUGGAUUGUAGUGCGCACACUUGGUGGUAUUCCAGGACCCAUAGCCUUUGGCUCAGUGAUUGACCUAUCCUGCUUAAUGUGGCAGGAUAAGUGUGGCGAGCAGGGAUCCUGCUACCUUUAUCACAAUUCAGCCAUGAGCCAGUACACACUAGUAGCUGGAAUCCUCUAUAAGGUUUUGGGGACCAUCUUUUUCCUGGUAGCCAGUAUCCUGUACCAGCCUCCCCCAGAGUCACCACAAAGCAGCUGCGAGAACACCGACCAUAGCAUGGAACACUUGAGCGACCUUCCUGUCAAAGAUCUCCCUGAGGACGGCGUUAUUGUCAACCUGCAUGCCAGGCUAUGAUGGCAGGGAUCAUCUUGUGUAUGUGUAUGUAACAAACACCCCCAGAAUGCCUUCAUGCACACACAAAAAACACCAUGACUUACAAUGGCACGUGAUGACGUCUAACAUGCUGCUAUCUUGACAGAAAACCCUGCUAUGAACGCGUGGGUGUGAGUGUUUCGUAGCAGGGCCAAGCCACACAGGUUUUUAUGUAGUUUUUUAUGUACUAAAAUUCUACAGAUCUCUAUAAUCAGUUCAAUUGACUCCAUACAAUGUGAGGUUCAUGACAUUUGUGUUUCAUAAUUCAAUAAUCCUCAAGAACCAAUGAAACACCUCAGACCUUUGUGGUAUACAAAGCGUUUACAGUAUGAACAAAAAAAAAGCAUUUAUACCGGUCGGUUAUUUUCCACAUUACUGGAACAAAAUUACAUAUUUUGUUUUUUUUUCCUACAGACAAAGCAAUGGCAUGUUAUACUCUACGAGAUCCCACAGCCAGUAUUAAUAAAACCAAAUUAACUUCAUAUUGCUUGAGUCAUUUAAAGCCAAAAGUCGUAAAAGGCUCAUACCUACACUCACUUUUUAGACAUUCAAAAGGGAAAUAUUGCCUUAUUUUUCUCAUCAAUCUUCACUCAGUAUCCCACAUUAACAAAUGCACAACACAUUUUUGAUGUUUUGAAAUGUAAGACUAUUUAGAACCUUAAUUCUUUACUUCAAUGAACUUCUUAAAGAUUAAAUACAGCCUCCAGUCUUCUUAGGUAAAUCUCUUCUGGUUUUGGAUACUUGGAUUUGGACAGUUAUUGGCAAAUCACUUUAAGAUAUGUCACAGCAGAUAGAAAGAUCUGUGCAAUGCUAUCACCACAGUUAUCCACAGGUCUUGUCCUGAAGGGAUUCCAGCCAUGUCAGUAACUAACCUUAGCUUCAUGACUUUACUGAAAUUACUCUAUGCUUGAUUUUUUUCCCUUCACUCCACUACACAAUAAACAGUAGAGUAAUAAAAUGCUGCCUCAGUGGGCGUGUCCUCAGAGAUGCUUGAUCAUCCUCCAUCCUCACUUACAGUGAUUAUAGUCACCUUGCUGUCCAAGGUACUUUCUGUUUACUUUCUCAGUUUGAGUUUUGGUUGUUUUAAACUUGUUUCUAUUCACGGGGGAUUAAGGCUGCUGUGGUCACAUUCACGUUCAGAGUGCUAAAAAUAGUUUUAUGCCCUUGUCACCAGAGAGUUACAUACACUGACGCAGAGCUCUUUUUCUCUCUUUCUAAAAUCUAUCAGGCAAAAUCAGUUUACUGCAGGCAGACUGGAGGCAGUUUAUUUACUCUUAGCUACAACUUAAGAGCAAAUAAAGGAAACAAGAUAAUCACAGUUUGAAGGGCCAUAGCAACAACCCAAAUGCCCUUUUUAAGUGAUAUAUUCUAAUUACUGGUGGUAAAUUCUAAAACAACAUUAGGUCUGUGUAGGUUACUGAGGGUAACCUGAUGAUUAAUGCCACUUAAAUGUUCAGAUUUAUUUCAAAACACAAUAAAAUGUCUAAGAAGCUGAAGGUGCAGUAUACUAUCAGGAUAUUAUAUAUAUUAAUAUAACCACACCAGUAUAGCAGCACAAAUGUAUUUUCCAUUAGAAAAGCACAUGCAUAUCUAUAUAGUUACUUGGACGUGCAUAAAGAAGACUUGCACCACUUAUGGUCUUAUAAUAAAGAUUAGUUUGAAAUAAAACAAGAAAGACAAAACUAUGAUGUAUUUCAGAUGAAAUAGAGAGUUCUGUAUAGAGAUUAUUGCUCUGUUUGCCAAUUAAUUAAUAUUUUCUUUAAUGCUUCUUGCCCAUGGAAAUUGCUUGGCUGCCCAUUUAAAACAAAUGAAAAUGUGUGUUAACGGCAGCAUUUAAAAUCUGUAACCUAUUCAGAUCUGAUGAACUUUGCCACAAGAAUUUGUGCCAUGACCAACAGACCUUUUUCACAAAAACCUGUUGACUUGUCUAGGCACAAAAAGCACAAUUGAUCAUCCCUGUAAAACAUGAAAGCUAGAAACCUAAAGCAAAAGCACUUAUUAGUUAUUAAAAUCCUUUGUUUUUACCAGCACAUGGGGUCGCUGUAGCUCAGGAGGUAGAGCAGGUCAUCUACUGACUGGAGGGUUGGUGGUUCACUCCCCGGCUGCCCCAGUCUGCAUGUCGAAUAUCCUUGGGCAAGUUGCUAAAUCCUAAAUUGUAUGAAUGUGGAGCUGAAUGUUAGCUAGAAAGCACUUAAAAACGUAGCAUGUUGUAUAAAGCUCGUUGAGUCCUCUGGAAGAGCAGAAAAGCGCAAUAUAAGAAUCAGUCCAUUUACCAUUCAAUUUGCAAUACACCUCUACAACUAGAAGGUGGCGUUAGUGGAUUAGAAAUAGUGAUGUUUCAGUCGCGAAAGAAACGGCUCUUAGACCCGGAUCAUUUGAUCCUUAUCACUAGCCAUACGUUUUUUUUUUCUUUCUCUCACCCUCUCUCUCGCACUUUUUUCCCACUUCACUCCGCACGGGAGCCUUGUGCUUUGUCCUGGGAAGAGGGGGGAGGGGCGGUAGUUACACUCGCACAGGAACAGAG